AUGGCAUCCUCACAUAUCCCUGACUCCUUCCUCCAAGACCCCCCGCCCAACGCAACCAUCCACCCCCUCGACUUUACAAAAACCACGCCCCCAAUCCCCGCCUACAAAAACCACUUUGCCGCCGUCAUCGACAAUUUCAUGACCCCGGCGGAAUGCAGCACACUCCUCCGUCUAGCCGGUGAAUCCUCCCACCCGCCAACAUCCACCUCGUCGUCCAACCCCGCCGAACCAACCUGGCAACGCGCCCUCGUCAACGCCGGCUCGGGAACCCAAGUAGCCUCCUCCAGCCGCAAAAGCGGCCGCUACAUCUGGGACUCUCCCGAACUCGGAUCCCGACUCUUCGCCCGUCUCACCCCCUUCCUGACAUCCUUCGGACUGCACCGAAUCGAGAACCAGCCGCUGAUUACCGGGCUGGGUCCCGCGAAGCGCGGCGAGGUCUUCGCGGUGGCCGGGCUCAAUGAGCGGAUCCGGUUUUUGAGAUACGAGGGGGGUGAUUAUUUUCGGCCGCAUUGGGAUGGAUGUUAUACGGAUGACGGCCAGGGAAGCGGGGUGAGUCGGCGGAGUCUUUUGACGGUGCAUUUGUAUUUGAAUGGGGAAGGGGAACAGGAUUGGGGGGUUUUGGGACCGGAGGUGGAGCGGGCGAGUAGGGGGAUGUAUCUGUUUGAGGGGGAGGAUGGGUUGGUGGAUUUGAAAGAGGUUGGUGAAGCGGAUGGGAUGGGUGAGGAUCAACGUGAUGGUGAUGGUGAUGGUGAUGGUGAUGGUGAUGGUGAUGGUGAUGGUGAUGGACCUGAUCGGGCGCAAGAGACCUUACUUGGUGGUGCCACCUCAUUUGGAGAUGACUAUCGCAUGAGAGAUUCGGUGCGAGUCUUUCCCAAGACGGGGUCCUUGUUGAUCUUUCAACAGAGGAAUCUGAUGCAUAGUGGAGACGACGUAUUUCGGGGUGUCAAGUAUACGGUCCGGACGGAUGUGAUGUAUACCCUUGAGAAACGGGAAUAG